ACACACAUAUACACACACACGGCUGACCACAACAAGCCCGUGACCACCACCUCCUGCCACUCAGACAAAGAGACAACAGCAAAAAUGGCGCCCCCUUCCCACUCCAACAACUCAUAUCACCGCAUUCCACUCCCAGCAGCAUACUCCCUCCGCGCCCCUUUCACUGUGCCGCAACUCAUUUAAACCCACCCCAAGCUACCCCAGCAACCCGCGUGGUUGAGCUUCGCAGUUUCCCACUGGUGUGGCAUUUCCCCUCCCCACUGUUCCCUCCCACAGCCUCACGCAGACAGCCACCGCACACUUGAUCCCUCGAGGCACAGGCCGCCUCUCCUGCUAUUCUGCAGUUCGCAACCUUCUCUCCCGUUGGCUCAGUUGGGUUCCAUUCCACAGCGAUAUACAUUGUUACCACCACGCCAAGACCCCCCUCCUCUCUCCCAACCACCACAAGAGCUUCCGAACCUCAGUCAACGGCAGUGUAACGGUUCACGUUCAACGGGCAACACCAUGGACAUCGGCAUUCACCGCAAGCCCUCGGCGCAGGCACACGCGAACCCCUGCAGACCAGCACCAGCAACCGCAGCGCCACUAGCUUCCCCUGCGCCCAGCUGCCCGUCAUCCUCGCCAUCAUCAUCACGAUCCCCGUCACCAUCAUCCACAUCCACAACUGACACUUGCGCCGCAUCCACACCAGCACGGAACCUGGAACGAACGUGCUCCGCAGCAUCCAUUGCGUCUUCCGCUCCCUGCCCACCCUCCAAUACCACUUCACGAUCUGUGUCCCCAGCUUCCGUUGUUUCCAACGCCUGCCUUUCGUCUGCUUCCCGGUCCACAUCUCCGUUCCACACGCACCACGGCAACAGCACCAGGCACGACACCCACACCAGCAACCACAAGCACAGGCUGUCACUCGCCGCACCCUUUGCGCCCAUUGCGGAAGGGUUUGAGCCAGAGCACGAGUCUGCAAGCAACCUCAGCACCAUCAGCAACAGCUCCUCAAGUGUCGUCUCAGACCCCGACAGCACCAACACAGGCAGCAGCAGCAACAACAACAACAACAGCACCAAGUUUGCUCCCAUUCGUGAGCGUGGCGACGACGGCAACCAGACAGGCUCUGCCCCACUCUCCUUUGCACUCCCCAAGCUCAGCUGCCCCACCCCGCUGCCUUCGGUGCCCACGACACCGACCCUGUUUCGCAUCAUGUCAGCACCACACCCUGGCGAGAGCUCCUUCAACAUGCCAACAACAUCCACGACAGCCGGAGGCGUGACAAUGACUUCAGCAGCGCCAACCGCCCUCAGCCCACUGGCUUUCCUCUCCUCAGAUGAGGAUCUCGCGUGGCUGAUGCAGACCGAUGACACGUUCUUGUUUCCACCGGCCGUGACGGGCACGCAGCCAGGAACUACGGGCAAGCUGCUGGCAAGCGUGGAGGGCGAAGAUGAGGCCAAUGACCUCACCCUGAGCAGCUCAAGCCUGGAUCUCUUUACAGGCGCAACAACGUUGGAGUCAUCGCAUGGGCGAGAGCACCAUAUUCAGCAGCACAACCACCACCACCACAGCAGCAGCAACAGCAGCAACAGCAGCAACAGCAGUAACAGCAUUAACGACCACAAACAUGCGUACCGUCAGUACCAACAGCAGCAACAGCAGCAGUACCACAACGCAAAGCAUCAGCAGCAAGGCCAGGGCUACAUCACCUCGCAAAAGUCGGCCGACACCAUUCAAGCCCUCGCUGCAGAUUUGCAGGCGUCGGUGGGACAGCCUGCCCUGAACCCUUGCCACCGUCAGCGCCAGUACCAGCAGCACUACCAGCAUCAGCAGCAGCACAUGGAAACAGCGCACAUGUAUCAUGCUCACACCGACAAUGGGGUGGGUCAUAAUAGCACCACUGCGUCACACGCCCACCAGCCCCAUUUCCCCACACACAGCACCGAACCAUCGGCGCCAGCAGCAGCAGCAGCAGCGGCAACAACAGCAACAACGGCAGCAGCAAUGGACCACCCAUAUGAGCAAGCCCACACGCUACAUGCAGGCCCCGUGCGCAUGGCCUCACCUCUGCCAGCACCGUCAGCUCUGCUCGAUCAGGCACCGCUUACGGAUGCAGACUGGAGCUUUCUGCAGUCGAGCGUGUUUGACGACCUGCUCGCAACGCCGCCAGAGGGUGGCAACGGCAGCAACAGCGGCAGCGGCAACCAGCACCACAACGUCACCGGUGCAGAUGGUGUACUGCCUCUCCCAAUGUCGUUCCAACAACAACAGCAGCAGCACGACGCAGAAGCGUCGCAUGCGCAAAACAGCACCGCCAAUGGUUCUCGCUCACAGACAAUCGCAGCAGCAGGCAGCACGAACAAGGGCACUGGCUCAUCACCGUCAUCAUCAUCAUCAUCAUCAUCAUCAUCGCGGCGCUCUCCAAGUAGGGGAGGGCGGCGUGCAAAGGCAGCACACGGUCGUCGCACCGCCAGCCCAAAGUCACAACACAAGCAGCACAGGCAGAAGCGAAACGCGCAGACUGUAGCUGGCAGCAGUGACAGGUGUCACGAUGAUGGAGAGCAGCCAUGGCAGAAGAGGAGCAAGUACAGCACAAGCAGUUCCGCUGAGGGUGAUGCUGCCAUGGUAGAUGAUGAUGGCUGCACCCGUCCCUCGCUCGAUGACAUGCAAGUGACGCCGGAGGAGAGGCAGCUCAUCGCCAAGCUGCGCAGGAACGCACUGUGCGUGGUGUGCCAGGACAAGGCCAAGCAAGACAAGGACUACUGCAAGUCAUGCUACGGCAUGGUGUACAAGCACGCGCGAACCAUGGUGGCCAAGGAGUUGCGCCGCGGGAUCAACUUUGCCGACUUUUCAUCGCCGCAGGGCGUGGCCGCACACCUGCUUGCCCUGACCAAGACCACCAAGUUCAAGGGCUGCAGGUGCAGUGGGGAGUGCCCGCGAAGCGCCUUUCACAAGUCUGUGCACAAGAAAUGCACAAAGUGUCGUCUUCUCGCCUGCUUCCGCCUCCUUCCCGAUCUCGCGGAUCGCCUGAUGAAAGGUGCCAUGGCGGCUGAUUUGCAGCACGUGUUGGAAGUGACGGAGCACUCCAAGCGGGCGCACACACAGGCCGCCGCCGUGGGCGCCACUGCUGGCUCGGGCAGCAGCCGCAACAGCAGCAACAGCAGCAACAGCAGCAGCAACAGCACUCGCAAGGGGAAGCGCAGGCGCACUCGUUCCAAUUCCACACGCAAGAGCACGCCAGCAAGUUCGCGUGCAUCCUCAACGCGAACCACGCCCGUGAAAGGAGCAACGACUCCUUCCCGCUCACAGCGCAGCAGCAGCGGCCGUCACACACGUCAAACACAUUCGUCAUCCUCAUCGCGUGACACUCGCAGCUCUGACGCCGCCGCCACGUCCACUAAGCUUGGUGCUGUGACAGCAACACCACCACCAACAACAACAACAACAGCAGCAGCAGCAACAAGUGCCCACGCCCCUGCUCCCUUGCCCACAGCCGCUUCAAGCACAGGUGCAGUGGCAGUACCACGACUGCAUCGCAGCACGGCAACUCAGCGGUCGGUAUCCGAGCCGCAGCUCAGCACGGGCGCGUUCUCGCUCGCUGUGCCGGCACCUGCCAUGCCAUCCUCCACCAGCAUGCCUGCUGUCUCGACCAUCGACGACGCGUGGGAUGUGGCGCACGGUCUGAUGGCAUCGCACAAGGACCACCAGUUUGGUAUGGGAAAUUCUGUGGCGGUGACCGCGGUGCACACCCACCCCAUCUCCACGUCGAAUGCAAGCAGUCUUGGCCAAUCCACCCACACCUUCCAGCCGCCGCCACCACCGGAGACAGUGGACCUGCAACUUCUAGGAUCAGACAGCCACGCCCAUGCUUCACACCACAGCACACCAGUCACUGCCCCGUCUCACCCUACUGGUGCUGGUGUUGGUGCUGGUGCUGGCGCUGGUGUCACAUCCACGCACUCGCGCAUGGCAACGACCACCACUUGUUCGUCAUCGUCGACAUCGUUGUUGCUGUCGCCAUUCCGCUGGGCAGAGCCCCGCUUCCCGCCCGUUACAAUCUCGCCAACACGGAGCCCACACACUACACAUCUGCAAUGAGUGGCUGCCCCUGUGUGUGUAUGUGUGCGUGUGCGUGUGUGCGUGUGUGCGUGUGUGCGUGUGUGUGCGUGUGCGCGUGCAUGUGUCGUUGUUGGCUGCUUAACUUGCCUAACUAUCAAUCUAUCUGCGUUGCUUUGUGCCUGUUUGUGGUGUGUUUUGCGUGAUGUCCAUGUGUGGUGUGAACACGUCGCGCACGCGUGUGUGUACGUGUGUGCAGUGGACGCGCGACUGUUUGUUGCAUCUGCAUGUGCCUGUUGGUAUUGAUGGCUUGUUUCAAUCCUCGACAGUUGUUUCGAGGAGGAUAUGCUUGCUCGAUGCAAUAAACGCUUGAAGAGUC